AUGCUCAUCACGCCAGCAAAUCAAGUAGCAGAAAAACCAACUGUGUCAAAGGCGUUUGGAAAGUCAACUAAAGUUUUUCACGCUAUCUCGGAACAGCCAGACACGCGUUGUAUGUACUGCGAUGAAUCCCAUAAAAUUUAUGCUUGCGAGAAAUUCCGUGACCUAGAUCGCACCGCAAAGUCGAGAUUCAUUCAAGAAAGCAAAGCUUGCUUUAACUGUUUGAGUCCAGGACACUACAAGGAUCGCUGCAAUAGUGGCUCCGCAUGCCGUAUAUGCAACCAACGACAUCAUACGCUGCUCCAUGGUGUGGGAACAUCAACCGCUACAUCCGCCCAUUUUGUCGCCGAGGCUAACCGCACCGUUCCGGAUACGUCAUCCACAACCAUCCCCAUAAACGCGUCUGCUAGCACCAGUUCGCCGACGAAUGCCAAUGCUGUCUCAUCAUACUUGAGCUCUGAAGAAACCCCGCUUCCUCUAACGCAACAAACUGUGUUAUUGUCCACCGCCUCUGUAAAGGUUCGCGAUUGCGCCGACCGAUGGCAGACGGCGCGCUUAUUAUUUGAUUCUGGUUCACAUGCCACAUUCGUCACUGAGGCAUGUGUACAACGCUUGGGUCUACCCCGUAAAUCGUCUUCGGUAAUUGUCACCGGAAUAGGUUCAUCGCAGGGAGGCCACUGUAAGGGUGAGGCAUCACUCGUACUCUCGUCCUACUUCUCCAAAGAUCGCUAUCCCGUUGAAGCCUUGAUUUUGCCGAAAAUCACUAGCGACUUGCCGUCGCAUACUCUGGACAUUCCUGAAUGGCCGCAUAUUCAGGGUUUGGUCCUAGCUGACCCGCAAUUUAUGAAACCCGGUCGCAUCGAUAUCUUGGUUGGUAUGGAUGUUAUGAGUCGUCUCAUCUGUCCUGAACUUCGUAAAGGUCCACUCGGCGCACCUAUGGCGCAAAAGACGGUCUUUGGUUGGACCUUGUGCGGAAGUAUCAAAGCUUCACCUUCGCCACCGAUCAACGUACAGUCGCUGCACUGUGAUGUGCAACUCGAUCGCGCGCUAACGAGGUUAUGGGAGCUUGAGGAAUCUCCGAAAAAACCUCAUCUCACACCCGAAGAGAGCUUCUGCGAAGAUCAUUUCGCUUCUACGCACCAAAGAUCACCUGAUGGCCGCUUUCUAGUGGAGUUACCGCUGAAAGCAGACGUGCCAUUGGGUGAAUCUCGCGACCUUGCCGUGCGAAGUCUAUUACGCAUCGAACGGAGGAUGACUCGGGACAAUGCGUUGCAAGCGCUAUACAACGAGUUCAUGCAAGAACUAAUAGAUAUGGGACAUAUGGAACCUGUACCCGAAGAGACGACUAAUGCAGUGUAUUAUAUGCCGCAUCACCCAGUGCUGAAGGAGUCGAGCGUUACGACGAAGCUAAGGGUCGUUUUCAACGCUUCUGCCAAAACCACCUCCGGGAAUUCGCUCAACGAUGCCCUUUGUGUUGGGCCGCAAUUGCAGCACGACCUGUACGCUAUAUUGUUGCGUUUCCGUAUGCACCGCUUCGCUGUCACCGCCGAUGUUGCGAAGAUGUACCGUCAAGUAUGUGUGUCACCGAAGCACAUCGACUUACAACGCAUCGUUUGGCGUGCACAUCCAUCUGCGCCAAUUCAAGAUUACCGCAUGCUACGAGUAACUUAUGGUGUGGCGGCUGCUUCUCAUCUGGCCGUAAAGGCGCUGCAACAAACUGCCAAGACUUCUACGAACGAUUCCGAAAAAGCUAUUUCAGUUAUCCUUAGAGAUUUUUACAUGGACGAUCUUCUUACUGGUACAUCUUGCAAAACCGAACUUCAGUCCCUGCAACAACAUGUCUCACAGAUUUUAAUGGAAGGAGGCUUUGAGUUACGAAAGUGGGCAUCGAACUGUAAGGAGCUCAACGAGAGUAUUUCCGAAUCUUCGAGGGGUAUUUCGCACUACGUAGUCGAUGGUAAAGACGUUCACGCGCUGGGUCUGAUGUGGGACACCGACAUUUGCCGUCAAUUUGAAGAAAGAACCCGCAACCCUAACCAAGAGAUCCCUCCUAGCCGACGCUAG